AUGUCGUCGUCUUUCUUCACCACGCCGGCCUCGCAACGGAAACGGAAGCGCGGCGAAGUCGCGGCCAGCGCCCCCAAACGUCGCAACACGGACGCGCAUGCUCGUCGCUCCCAGCGAGAAGAGUCCAUCAGUGGCAGCGACGAAUCCGACGGCGACGGCGCACCCACCUUCGACGACGACCAAGACGACGUAGACGGCGGCUCUACCACCUCUGAAGAUGAGAAUGAGACUGCGGCGGAAAAGCGUCUCAGGUUGGCAGAGCGCUACCUCGAGAACAUUCGCAACGAAGUCGAGGACGAGGUGGGCUUCGACGCCGAGCAGAUUGACAAGGACCUCAUCGCUGAGCGACUAAAAGAAGACGUCGCAGAGGGAAAGGGCAAGAUCUACCGGUCAAUUGCCACCGAGCUCGACUUUGACCAUGCAUCGCAUGCCACCGGCUACUCGGGGCUGCAAAAAGCCACAACAGGAUGUGCCGUCAAGCUGCCGUAUGCCUGGACCAUCAGCAAAGAUCUUGUCGUCGAGAAGUGGGAAAUCGCUGACCCAAAGUCGUAUGCGCCUGACCCCAGCCGACCGUCCAACUUGACGCCGCGCACCACACCAAAGAGGCUCCUCUGGCGGAAGGGAAACAAGAACAAAAAAGGCGACCGCGCCUUCCUGGGCCACACAGGCGAGAUCGUGUCUAUAGCCGUCUCCGACUCGGGAAAGUACCUGGCCACUGGCGACAAGCAUGCUCGCUUGAUCAUCUGGGACGCCGACACUCUUACACCCCGUCACCUCUUCACUCGUCAUCGAGACGCCGUCCUCUCUCUGUCCUUCCGAAGGGGCACCGAACAACUUUUCUCUGGUGGUGCGGACCGAGCUGUUAUUGUCUGGAGCGCGCCGGAAUCAGCAUAUAUCGAGACGCUUGUCGGACAUCAGGACGCUGUCAUUGGUGUAGCAGGUGGGCUGGAGCUCAACCAAGAGACUUGUGUCAGUGUAGGCGCAAGAGAUCGCACCGCCCGCUUGUGGAGAGUUGUCGAGGAAAACCAGCUCGUGUUCCAUGGAGGCGGUACGGCUAGACAAAAGGGCCUGGACAAGUUACGCAAAGGUCGAUUCGGAAAAAAUGUUGAUGGAGACGAAAAACAGGAUGAACAGGCCAACGGUGGAACGUCCGACAAUGACGAUGACCCGCCCAUCGCAUAUGCUGAGGGCUCCAUCGACUGCGUGGGUCUUCUCGACGCCGGCUUGUUCGUUACAGCAUCUGACAAUGGUGCACUGUCGCUAUGGUCUGUCAACCGGAAAAAGCCUCUCUUCACAUACCCACUCACUCACGGCCGUGAUCCACCGCUCUCGCCCGAGCAAAUGUCCGCCAACGACGACGCCCCAACAUCAGUAAAGCCCGGUCCCCGGCUUCCGCGAUACGUGACUGCGCUUGCUACUGUUCCUUUUGCCGAUCUCAUCCUUACAGCAAGCUGGGACGGCUGGAUACGCGCGUGGAAGAUUACAGCGGACAAGAAGAGCAUUGAGCCAGUGGGCAAAGUAGGGCGCGUACCGACGGUGGAAGACGAGUCUAUGGUCAAUGGCGACGCCAAGGACGGUGCUAUCCUUAUACGAGGUAUCGUCAACGGCCUUGCGGUACAAGAGAGGGGAGAUAGAGGCAAGGAUGGGCUGUGCAUCGUAGCCGCCGUAGGUAAAGAGCCCAGGCUGGCUCGAUGGAUGUCUGGGAAGGUCAAAAACGGCAUUUAUGUCUUCGAGGUGCCUAGAAAAGGCUUGACCAAUGGUAUGGCAGACGAAGACGAGGAAGAUGAAGAAGAGGAAGCAUAA